AGUCUUUCCAGAGCCAGACGUCAUCUCUGAGUAUUGUGGAAAAAUUUUGGUGUGGUUCCCGUGCAGAAAGUGAAAAAAAAUAAUUGAAGUGAUAUUCCGUGAGGAAAAAUGGAAGGUGAAAAGCGAAAAUUGUCUGAAUUACGCGUGGUUGACUUGAGGCAUGAGUUGGAGGAGAGGGGUCUCGAUACAACUGGCGUAAAAACGAUUCUACUUGAGCGUCUGAAAUCGGCAUUAAUUGAUGAAGAAGAAGAUCCAGACACAUUUGUGUUUAUAAUUGGCGGAGGGACGCCCAAGAAAGGUGCGACUCCUGCAGCUCCUGCAGCAUCUGCAACACCCAACAAGAAAGCAGAAACCGAAGAAGACAAAGAAGAGAGUGGAGAUGAGUUGAUACUCGAAGAUCUAGUAGUUAAGGAUGAUUUGGAUUCAGUCAUCAACGAUAAUGAUGACUUGAAGGAAGAAAAGGGCAAACAGGAAGAGAAGAAGGAAAAGGAGGACGAUGAUGAAAACAAAGAGAACACCGAGGAAAAGGUGGUCAAUGUGAGUGAGAAAAAGGAAGAGAAAGAGGAAAAAGAAGAGGAAAAGAAAGUGGUGGAGGAAAAGAAAGAGGAGAAGAAAGAAACUCCCACAAAGGAGGAAAAAGUUCCAGAGGAAGAGAAACCAUCCCAGGAGGAUGAUGCUUCCCAGGAGACCGAAAGCAACAAUAUUGACAAUGAGGACUCUCUCAAUUUAACCAUCGGAGAGGAUGAGGAAAAACUCUUUCAAGACGUGGUUAAGAACGAGAAGGAGGAAUCACCACCAAAGAAAGAUGUUCAGCCCAAGGUGGAUAAAAAUGAGUCGACAAAGUCUUCACAGAGUUCAACUGACAAGGAGCUACAGAAGCAGCCAGCCAAACCACAGAGGAAAAUAUCCACUAGCAAGUCAAGUGCAGCUCAGGAGAAAAGCAGCGGUGACAAUUCAAGUGGAUCAGGAGGUGGUGGAUCAACUGCAUCAUCUGGUGCAAGUGGAAAGGACGCAAAGGACAGUGGUGAUGAGAAGAAAGCAAAUGAUGUUGCCACAAAGAAGAAGAGCACAUCUGAUGGCGAUGAGAAUGGUGGCAGUGAAGGUGGCAGCACGACUAAAUCUUCAGGAGAUGACAAAGGACAGAAAAAAGAGAGCAGCGAACAAAAGGUAAACGCCGCCAAAUCAUCGACGGCGAAAGAUGCGAAAGCCGAUGAAACCGAAGAGGGCAAGGUGACGUCAUCUGGUGAGAAGGAGAAGAGCAGUUCUGCAUCAUCGGGCGGUGGAUCAUCCAGUGGGGCGACACCGAGUAGAAAUCUCUGGGUAUCUGGAUUGUCAUCGAUGACUCGGGCCACAGAUCUUAAGCAGCUCUUUUCCAAGUACGGCAAGGUGAUUGGGGCCAAAGUGGUGACCAAUACGAGGACACCGGGAACACGUUGCUACGGUUACGUGACGAUGAACUCAACAGAAGAUGCCAACAGGUGCAUCGAGAAUGUUCAUCGUACUGAACUCCAUGGUCGGAUGAUUUCGGUGGAGAAGGCCAAGUCUGACCUGGGGUUGGCGAAGACUGCACCGUCGGCUUCGAAAGGGUCAUCCGGUAGCGGCGGUGGAGGUGGCAGUAGUGUUGGUAAGAAGGACUCUUCAGACGGAAAAUCAACAUCUGGAAAAGGUGAUGGGGACAAGAAGACGACCAGCGCGAAGAAACCAUCAGAAUCCAGUAGCAGCAAUAAGGCACCACCGAAGAAGUCUCCACCGAAGCGCAGUGCUGAGAAGAAGACGUCUGAUAGUGAAUCAAGCAAGAGGAAGCGUGAUUCAUCAUCAGAUCGCGAUGGCAAUCGCAAUGAUGCUAAACGUGAUCAUUCCAAAAGCCAGGACAAGCGAACUACACCGCGUCGGGCCAGUAAGGACCGUGAACUGGAGAGGGCACGUGAGAGGCAGCGUGAGCGUGAGAAGGAGAUCUUGUCGUAUGACAAGAUCCGAUAUGAACGAGAGAGAGAGCGUCUGCGUGAGAAGGAGCGUGAGAUUCGUGAGGAUGAGCGUCAUAGGCGUGAGGUGAGGCGAAGACAGCGCGAAGAAGAGGUGCGUCUAGAGAGGGAACGUGAGAAGCUGAAGCAGGAACGUGAGAGGCUGGAGAAGGAAAAGACGGACUUGCUAAGGAUGGAGCGUGAGCGUCAGAAGCUCGAGCGUGAGAAGAUCGAGUUGGAACGUCUCGAAAUCAAGAGGCAGCAAAUGAAAAUCGAAGAGACUAAGAGGAUCCUGAAGAGACCAUCGAGUGAUCGUGAGAGGGAUCGCUACUCUGAAUCUGAUAGAAAACGUGCGGCUCCAAAUGAGCGUCGCUUUGAAGCUCCACCACCGCCUCGUUUCGACUCGGUCAUAAGUCGUCCGAGCAGUGGAUACGAUCGCGUGAGCUCGAGUGAUAAGAAGAGAAGUGAUGACUAUCGCUCAUCCAAGGGACGCGAUGGAGGACGAAGUGAUGAGUACAGCAGUUCCUCCAAGCGCGAUGACUAUAUUUCAUCCAAGCGUAGCAGUGAUUCACGCGGUGGCGGUGAUUCACGCGGCGGUAGCGGAAGUCGUGGUGGGGAUGAUUACAAACGUGGCUCUAGUCGUGAUGAUUACAAGUCCUCGCGUCAUGGUUAUGAGGCGGGAAAGGAGAGCAGUCGGUACAAUGAUCAUGAGUCGGGGGACUCCAGGAGCGGGACGUCGUCAUACAGGGGCGGGGGGAGCAGAAGCCUCGGAAGCGUUGUCGGGGCAGGCGGGGCGGCAAACGGGUCCAGCGGUCUCGCUGGAGACGAGCGCAGCGGGAAGUCGCGGUACAUGGACAGUCAGUCGUCAGACAUGAGGUACCAGCAGGACAGGGCUGUGUCGUCCCCGUGGCACAAUUCGGGCCCAGCGCCACUCAAGACCUUCAACAACAUCCAGUCGAUAUCAUCAGGGGACAUAUGGAACAAAUCAUCAGACAGUGCUUGGAGAAAUAUGGAAGCCACCCAGGAUCGCUAUGAUCGCACCUACAAUGAACGAAAGUCCCAAACGGUACCCUAUAUCGAGCAAUCGCGCCAGAGUUCAUCGUAUAUGAGUCGUCCACAGGAUAGAUACAGCAGCUCCAUAUCUGGACGCUUUGAAGGGAGUCGCUUCUAAAGACUCUUCUUCUUCUUUCCGCUUUGGAUUUUCAUGAAUGAUUUCCAUCUCUACAUGAGUUUUAGUGUGUAGAACAAAGAAUCUUUGAGACAUAUUUCACAUCAUUGCUGUAUUUGCUGUGGAAUUUAUUGUAAUUGGUGUUUUAUGUGAAGGAUACAUAAAGGAAAUAUGAUUAAAUAAACGCGUAAUGAAUUGAAAA